AUGUUAGCAGAUCUUUGGUCACUUAUAAAUAUUAGAAUAAUUAUUUAUCUGAUUUUAAGUAUACAAUACUGUUGGGGAUGCGAUAUUUGGAAAGCAAGUGAUUGUCCGUCACCGCCAUCAAAAGACGACGAAGAAGUGAUGAAAGCCGAUCUUUAUAGUAAAGAACAAUUAUAUGCCUACUGCGAUAAGGGUAAAACGUAUGCCGAUUGUGUAAAUGAACGUUUGCAUUGUUGUGAUCUAAGACCAGAAUAUACGUCACAAUUAGCCGCUGCUGAUGCAAAAUUAAAACAAAAUGCGUGGCGUAUUGGUAAAUAUUGUUCAGGAAUUGGUGAAAGUAACAUUAUCAAUUAUAAAUGUAAAACAACGAUUCCACCGACAACAACGACAACAACUCAAUCAACAACUACACCAAUGCCUAUAUGUGCAGUAGAAGCGGCUGGUAUACAAUGUGGAAAAAUUUUAGAAAAUCGUGUACGAUUUGAAACAACAUGGAAUAUUUAUGAGAAAGCUCAAUGGUGUAAGGAUACACUGGAUUAUUUUCAAUGUGCUAAUCGACACAUAACAAAUUGUAGUAUAGCUGAAGUUAAAGAAGAUGUUGAACAAUUAACAACAUUUAUGGAUUAUAUUGAAAAAUCAGCAAAUCGAGAGUGUCCCGGAGGAUUGUUUGGGUGCGAUAUUAAUAUGCAUGAUGUUCGAUGUCGAAUAGGCGUUGGCUAUUUUCUUGGUAAAGAUUUAGAUUCAGGAGCAACAUCUAUUCGAUGGCUUAGUAGUACAUGUUUGUUUUUCUUAUUGUCACUUAUACAUUUGAUAUUUAGAUGUCGAAAUUAG